CCACCACCCAUCAGCAUCACUCCACUCUCCUGCAGAGGCGGCAGCUGCUGCUCACUGCCUCCGCUCUCCACACUCCCAGUCCCCACCGGACCACCACCCACAGAUCGCUCCCUCCCCCAUCGCUCACGCCAAAGCCACCGCGCCGAAUCCAAAUCCAAUCGAGCAACCGAGGAACCAGCAGCGAGCAAGAGAGGAGAGCGACAAGGGGAGGCGGCGGAAUGGGAGGGCCCCUCGGCGCGAUCAUCGGCCGCUACCCGUCGGCGGCCGCCGGCGGGGACGACGAGCUGGGAGGCGGCGGCGCCCCCGGCGCCGGCAUUAUACGCCACAACCGCAGGUGCCGCGACAUCGCCUUCCUCGUCAUCUUCGCCGCCUUCUGGGUCGCCAUGAUUGUCAACUCCAGCUUCGGAUUCAACCAGGGCAACCCGCUCAGGCUGACUUAUGAGCUGGACUACAAAGGGAACAUUUGUGGUGACAAGCAUGGUGACCCAAAUUUGCACGAGCUGGAUGUUAGAUAUUGGAUGAAUCCGAACCAGGUCUACCAAAGUGGACUCAAGAACAGCAAGGUUAACCUGGCCGAUGCCAAAGCAAUCUGCCUGAUGGAGUGCCCAAAUCCAGCAGUAGAUGGAUUGAACUUUAUUUGUGAUUAUCCAGAAGGGGACAUUCGUCUCUCUGUUGAUGAUUGGAUCAAUAGGGACUACGACUAUUUUGAGUCUCUCACACCAGACAUGAGAAAUAGCUCACUUCAGCUCCAAGGUCCAUGCUACCCGAUCAUAUUUCCAACUGUAAAUGUCUAUUGGAGCUGCCAAUUUAUUGCACGGGCAUCCAAUGUCUCUUUGAAGCACUGGCAGCAGAUGGGUGGUGUCAGCAUUGAUGAAAAUAUUCUCAUUGAUAAAACAGUCCACAAGGCUAUUGAUUCAAGGUCUGCUGUACUAAAGAGAUACAUUGCAGACAUUGGGAAAUCGUGGCCUGUAUUUAUCGUUUGUGGUGGAAUCCUCCCUGUUUUCUUGUCAGUGAUCUGGUUGUUUAUGAUUCGUUAUUUCGUUGCUGCCAUGACAUGGAUAACAGUAGUCCUCUUCAAUGCCCUUGUUAUAUCUGUAACAAUGUUUUGUUACAUUAAAGCUGGCUGGAUAGGCAAUGACCCUUUAACUGUUGUCAUUGGUGAAAGCGAUCCAUAUGUUCACAUAAGUGGGCGGGAAAUAAGCCACCUUCAUACGGUUACAGUUUUCAUGACAGCAGUGAUGAUCAUUGCUUUCCUGUCCUCAAUAGCUAUUGUCCGCCGAAUACUGAUAGCAACACCUGUGUUAAAGGUUGCUGCAAAGGUCAUUGGUGAAGUUCAGGCACUCAUAGUAUUUCCGCUUGUGCCAUUCUUCAUCCUUGCUAUAUUUUAUAUGUUCUGGUUUGCCGCGACACUCCACCUCUUCAGCUCUGGGCAAAUUGUCAGAAAUGAUUGCAAUAUUGAUUGUUGUUCAUACGAUCUGAAGUUGGGCAAAGUAAAUUGUGACAACUGUUGUGGUUAUAGCAUCCAUUACACCCCUCAUAUUAGCAUUGCCAUUCUAUUCCACUUAUUUGGCUGCUACUGGGCGACUCAAUUCUUUCUCGCAUGCUCUUCAACUGUGAUCGCGGGAUCAGUUGCUUCUUACUACUGGGCACGUGGUGAAAUAUCACAUGAUAUACCAUUUCUCACUGUAGUCUCUUCGCUGAAGCGGCUGAUGCGCUACAGCCUUGGAUCUGUUGCUCUGGGUUCACUUGUUGUAUCAGUUGUCGAGUGGGUGCGUUUUAUACUAGAAUGCCUUCGGCGCAAGUUGAAGUUUGUUGGUUCUGCUCGGGAAAGCUGCUUUGGGAAAGCGGCAUCUUCCUCUUCUGAAUGCUGCCUCGGCUGCAUAGACUGGACCCUCAAGUCAGUAAAUCGAAAUGCCUAUAUAAUGAUUGCCAUUACUGGGAAGGGUUUCCACAAAGCUUCUGUUCUUGCAACUGGAUUGAUAAUGAAGAAUAUACUGCGUAUUGGAAAAGUCAAUGUCAUUGGAGAUGUGAUCCUCUUCCUAGGAAAACUGUGCGUGAGCCUAUUCUGUGCGCUUUUUGCCUUUCUGAUGUUGGACACUCACAAGUACAAAUCUGCACAUAACAAGAUAUCAUCUCCACUGAUCCCUGUACUGGUAACAUGGGCCCUCGGUUAUGUAGCUGCCAAGCUCUUCUUUGCAGUGGUUGAGAUGUCGAUCGACACCAUAAUCCUCUCCUUCUGCCAGGAUGCUGAAGAGCACCAAGGGAACGCGCAGUACGCGCCACCUCUUCUGAUGGAAACUCUGGACGAACAGAGUGAUCUGCAAAGACUAACUCAAGGACCAUGAUUUCCUCUAGAGUUUUGUCCUCGGUACUUGACCUGAAAAAUGGAAACUCGGUAGCAGCCUAAUGAUUUGUUUUUCAGUUCUCUUGGCUUGUGGGGAGAGGUUCACCGUUUUGCACUCUGCUUUCUUCUACAAGCCUGAGCCUGGCAGGUUGUUGUGGCCUAAUUGGCAACUGUAGGAACCUUAUCUAAUAUAUGUACCAUUGCUGAUACAGUGUUAGCUGUUAGUGAAGAAGGUUUGAAAUCUGUGAUAAGUAUGUGAGUUCA